AUGUCUCCCAACUUGGACCAGGUAAUCAGAUGUACCCAGGUGAACUGUACCUGUCAGUGUUUCAGACCAGCCAAGACCAACCUCAGGAUAUGUGACCACUGUAGACAUGGCUGGGUAGCUCAUGCAUUGGACAAGCUCUUCCAGCCCGCCCAGCCCCUGCUCUCUGCUACCCAAGUAGAGGUGGCCCAUCCUGGGGUAGUAUUUGACCUGGCCUCCCUGGUCCUUUAUGGAGCCACGGCUCUCCCCAUCAGACUGAAGAUCCUAUUAGACAGACUGCUCAGUGUACUGACCCGGGAUCAGGUUCUAUACAUUCUAAACAGUCUGGGGUGGACCCUUCAAGAUUACUGUAGAGGAUACAUACUACAGAACUCUUCCGGCAGCGUAUUGGAGCGUUGGACAGUGGUCUGUCAUAAGGAAGAGAUUGUGACUCUACAACAGUUCCUGAGGUUCGGAGAAACGCGGACAAUCGUAGAGCUCAUGACCUUUCAGGACUCGCUGGGAAAUGACCUCUCUGGUCCCUCCUCCUCCCGGACGGUCUCCAACAUCCAAGCGUUCAUUGAGAGCAGCAGGCAGAGCGGCCAUUUUGAGAUGGGCAGUCCUGGCAUUCCGGCGACUGGGCACCAUUUUGAGAAGGGCAGUCCUGCCAAUCUCCACCAUUUUGAUAACUUUCCUGCCAGUCUCUCUAUGCUCCUCCCAUUCCAGUUCCAUAGCCCCUCCCCCUUACAGGGUUUGGCCCCUCCCACCAGGCUGGGUGGACUACGGAGGCCCGGGAGGGUCAAACGGAGUGAAGGACCACAGCACCAGUCAGAAAGCAGCGUGUCUGAGUCUGGGUCCCUGUCUGUGUUUCCAUACGGUAACCUGGUGAGUCCGGUACCGGCUGCCGUUAACGGUCUAGGAGGAGAAAUAGGAAACGGAACUGGGACCAAGACGAUGGAACCUAAACCUGAACACAACGAGUCACCGAAGAGGUCGUCGUCAGGGCAGCCACACCGUGACCACGACCAGCAGCAGCCGGCCGGUAACCAUGACGAUCAACGCCUCCCCCGUCGUCGACUCAGUUAUCAAGGCUGGCUCUUCCCUGACGUGUCCUCUCCCCCCUGCUCCUCCUCCCUCCCUAAGGGCUGGCUCUUCCCAGAGGUCUCGCCCUCCCUCCGUAAGGGCAGGGUUUGCUGUGGUGCCUGCGACAAGAGCUUCUAUGACAAAGGAACCUUGAAGAUCCACUACAACGCGCAUCCACAGCAGCAACGACAACACACCCCUCUGACUCACCUUUCAAACCCCACCCCAGCCCCCCAACCAGAGCCAGACAAACCCUACAGGCCAGACCCCCACAGGGGGCCCAUCUUCCCCAGGACAGGGUAUCCCUCAGUGGGCAUCACUGCUCCUCUGUCCUCCUUCCAGACCCAGCUAUUGGUUUCUUCUCUGGGAGAAGUCCAACCACUGUCUCAGUUCUACCGUGCUACACGACAGACCUCCCCUCUUCCCUCCUCCUCAUCUCUGUUGGACCAAUUGGCUUCUUCCUCCGGGUCAGUGGAAGGGGCCAAGGCUCUCGGGUCAUGCAAUCAAGGAGGUUGGUGUACUUCCGCUAAUCCCGCCCCCAAGAAGAAACCCCGGAAGUCUAGCAUGCCUCUUAAGAUGGAGAAGAAAGUAACUGUCUCAACGGAGGAGUGCAGACGACAGGGGGAGGAAGAGGAGAGAGAGGAAGAGGAGGGAGAAGGUAAUAGGACAGAGGCUGUUUAA